GCAAGGCGGCGAUGGCGGCUCGCAGUUUCAUUCCGGAUUUCCACUGGACUACAAACUGAUUUUAACCGGCCCGGUUAGACUUUGGGGAACUUUUGCAACACUGUCUCCAUUCGGAAGCCGCACAGACUCAAGUCGCGUUGAAGUGGUGCCUGUCAAGGAAGGACCCCACAGCUUUUUUGUGGUCUAUUUUUCUCCAAGGUUCAAGGUGGUCACCCUGUCGAGCUAGCGGUAGCUCGGUGGCUACGAGCUAACGGUAGUUGGUAUACAUACGGCUAGCUCCUGAGCUAGCUUGUCAACGAGCUGCGUGCUAAGGUCCACACAGCAGCAGUCGUCGUUCUCCGGCUUUUUCUUCGACCACCUCAUCGUUUGCUUGUCACCGUUACAAUGAGAAGUUACCCUGUUUGAUGCUAAUUGUGCCGCAAUUGUGCAGAGCGAGGUACUCACACGUUUGCUUGGCCUCUCCAAUAAUUAAGAGUUGCUAGUUUGGCGGCUGUGGCUAAACACCAGAAUUUUGACUCUGUGGUAAGCAAGUCCUUUCAGUAAUUACCCCUUCCCAGCAACUUGGGUGAAAACCGCGUUGCCUAGUUAUUAACAUGCUGAAGACCCGGCAGUGUUUACUUGGCAUCCGCACUUUUCUCGGCGUUACGUCCAGAAUAUGGGGCUUCAUCAUGUACAUCCUCAGGAAGCACCUACGAACGAUAAUCCAGUAUCAGACGGUGCGAUACGACACUUUGCCCCUGUCCCCCAUCUCCAGAAACAGGCUCAAUGCAGUAAAGAGGAAGAUUCUGGUUCUGGACCUAGAUGAGACCCUGAUCCACUCUCAUCAUGACGGCGUCCUGAGGCCCACAGUGAGACCUGGCACACCGCCGGACUUCAUCCUCAAAGUCGUCAUUGAUAAGCACCCAGUCAGGUUCUUCGUACAUAAAAGGCCACAUGUUGACUUCUUUUUAGAAGUGGUGAGCCAGUGGUAUGAGCUAGUGGUUUUCACAGCCAGUAUGGAGAUCUACGGCUCGGCAGUGGCAGACAAACUGGAUAACAACAGGAACAUUCUGAAACGAAGAUACUACAGACAGCACUGUACAUUGGAUCUAGGUAGUUAUAUUAAAGACUUGUCUGUAGUACACGAUGACCUUUCUAGUAUUGUUAUCCUGGACAACUCGCCUGGUGCUUAUCGAAGCCAUCCAGACAAUGCAAUACCCAUCAAGUCCUGGUUCAGCGACCCUAGUGACACAGCACUUCUUAACUUGCUGCCUAUGCUGGAUGCACUAAGGUUCACUGCUGAUGUCCGCUCCGUCCUCAGUCGAAACCUCCACCAGCACCGGCUCUGGUGAUUGGCUGAAUUGAGAGGGAUCGGGCUUGUUGACCAGCCUCUUCUCUCUGCUGGCUUCCACCCUGCCCUCCAUUCCCACGUAGACGACCCACCAGCCCUCUCCGAGCCCCUCCUGAGGUGACCGCCUCACACAGGAUGAACAGUAUGGGAUCAACAGAACCCACGAACUACUGGGGAGGGAGGGGGA